AAGAUAAGAGUGAACAACAUCUCAACUGCAGAGAAAACGGGAUAUCUGUACCUGAGAAAAUGCACACAGAGAUACACACACAGAGAACGCACUGUGAGAAGCUUCGAUUCCUGGAUACGUAGACAAGGGAGAUGUGAUCUGCUAGAGGACUGAAGGAGAAAAGAAGACAAGGAGAGAAGAAGAGAGGAAAGAAGAAGAGAAGGAGAGAAAAGAACUGAAGACAGGAGAGAAGAAGAGAGUGUGUGAGGGGUGAAAGAAUGUGAGAAAUAGUUACAACCAAGACGUGUGAGGGAGAUAUAAAAGGAAGAAGUUGGAGAUACAUAAGACCAAGAAAAAUAAGGAAAUCAUGAGGGAGGGAGUGAGAGUCUGAGAUCGUGAAAGACAAGAGAAAAAUAAAGAGACUGUGAAAGAGUCACAGCUGAAAAGUGAGGGUCUGAGAGAAGAGUAAGGAAAGCGAUCAAGACGUCUGUGGAGUGAGUGACUGAGAACAAAGGCAAGUGAGAGAAAGAGGAGUGCCACCCUAAUCCUCAGUGGGACUCAGCCAGUAGUGUGGUGCGAUGGCGUCGUUUGCUCUGGAGCUAGUGGGUGUGAUCCUGUCAGUGCUGGGCUGGAUACUGAGCAUAGUGAGCUGUGCUCUGCCCAUGUGGAGGGUCACAGCUUUCAUCGGAGCCAACAUCGUCACAGCCCAGGUCUACUGGGAAGGGUUAUGGAUGAGCUGUGUGUUCCAGAGCACGGGACAGAUGCAGUGUAAGGUCUACGACUCCAUGCUGGCCUUACCCCAGGACCUGCAGGCUGCCAGGGCUCUUACUGUGGUCACCAUCAUCCUGGGGGUCAUAGCUCUCCUCGUGGCUACCAUUGGGGCUAAGUGCACCAACUGCAUCGAGGAGGAGGGGGUGAAGGCCAAGGUGAUGGUGUCUGCCGGAGUGGCCUUUAUCCUGGCUUCGCUGACCCAGAUAGUGCCUGUGUCCUGGUCGGCUCACACCAUCAUCCAGGUGUUCUACAACCCCAUCAUACCCUCAGCACAGAAGAUGGAGAUCGGGGCGGCCAUGUCGAUGGGGAUGGAGAUUGUGGGCAUCGCCCUGGGAGUCAUAGGAUUCAUCCUGGGCAUCGUGGUCUGUGCUUUGCCCAUGUGGAGGGUUUCAGCCUUCAUCGGAGCCAACAUCAUUACAGCCCAGACCAUCUGGGAAGGGUUAUGGAUGAACUGUGUGACCCAGAGCACAGGACAGAUGCAGUGUAAGAUCUAUGACUCCAUGCUGGCCUUACCUCAGGACCUUCAGGCUGCCAGAGCCAUGACUGUCAUCGCCAUUGUCCUGGGGAUUCUAGGGGUGAUGGUCUCCAUCGUCGGAGCCAAGUGCACCAACUGCAUCGAUGACGAAUCCUCCAAAGCUAAAGUCAUGAUCAUCUCCGGAAUCUUCUUCAUCCUGGCCGGUAUCCUCGUCCUCAUCCCUGUCUCCUGGUCGGCCAACACCAUCAUCCGAGACUUCUACAACCCCCUUAUGGUCGAGUCCCAGAGGAGGGAGCUGGGAGCCUCACUCUACAUCGGCUGGGGGUCGGCGGCCCUGCUCCUUAUUGGAGGAGCCAUGCUGUGCUGCUCCUGCCCCCCCAGGGAGGAGAAGAGGUACAAGCCCCCCCGCAUGGCCUACUCUGCCCCUCGCAGCGUGAGUGGGGGCGCAGUGGGAUACGACAAGAAAGACUACGUCUGAGAGGGACUAUUUCACCUGCAUGAUUGAACGAGGGGAGAAAAGAUAGAGGGCAAGAAGAAGACAGAUAGAUAGAUAGAUAGAUAGAUAGAUAGAUAGAUAGAUAGAUAGAUAGAUAGAUAGAUAGAUAGAUAGAUAGAUAGAUAGAUAGAUAGAUAGAUAGAUAGAUAGAUAGAUAGAUAGAUAGAUAGAUAGAUAGAUAGAUAGAUAGAUAGAGAGAUAGAGAGAUAGAUAGGUAACUAGGAGACAACUCCUACUGAAAAGACUCCGAUAUGAAGGGAUGUGUGUUUUAAUGUUACUGCUUAGCUUUUCCUCCGCUUGGGUGUCUCUGUUCAGCUUCAUAUAGGCUUGUGUGAAGUGUGGUAGAGGCUGUCAGACCCAGAUGCUAUACAUACAAUCCCAAAGGGGUAGGUUGACUACUGGUAAUGACUGGUUUUAUGAAAUAGUUUCAAUUCUAGUUGUUAUUCACUCAUUUCAAACUUCAGAUGAUAAACCAAAGCUAUUUUGUUUCAUCAAACCGUACAGUUGAAGGGUCUUGAUUUUCAAGUACUUGGGAGAACUGCUUCAGUUACACAGCAUGCGGGCUCAUAUUUCUACUGCAGUGUGGAGGUCCCUAUUGCGUGUGUAGUUUACUGUUGACGAGGUGGGGUUUUCUUUCACUGAAACGUUCAGUUUAAAAAGUUUCACUGUGUCUCAUUAACACAGACCAGGAAGGACCAGCACUGUUUUUACGUAGAUUAGGCAAUGAGUUUCAGCGUGUGUGUGUGUGUGUGUGUGUGUGUGUGUGUGUGUGUGUGUGU